GAGGGAUUUCAUUCACUACAGAGAACCUAAAUUACCUAGUCCACAAAAACAAAUUUCAAACUUGUCCUUGGUGGCUGAUGUGCAUUAAAUUCAUAUCGCAAUAAUCAUGGUAGGAACUGUAAGGGGGUGACACUCUGAUUUAAGGUGGAACGUCUGGGGGCUUUUGAUACAGUAGAUGGUGCCCAGAGCUGGGAGAUGUUGUGAAAGCGGAGAUGAUGUUAAAUUUGUUAUUAUAAUACUGUAAUAUAGCAAAAAAUACUGUCUCUUCUGGUCACAAAAGCUGUAUUUUAAUAAAGACAGCAAUUUGGUCACAUUUUCCUGUUAAACAUCGAGCCAUUUAAAUAAAAACACAAGUUAAAGCUUUGGUCAGCAUCGCCCAGCUCUACUGGCACCUUGUCUCCAUUUCUGAUGAUCAAGCACAGCCUGUCCUCGUACUUGAAAGUUAACUUGCUUAAAUUGCUUUCUUUCAGUUUUUUAUUGUCUCUGAGCCAUACACACCCCCUUAUCCAGACUGUCUUAAUUUCAUCAGCAUUGUUCUCUCUCAGUCAGCCAUCCAGGUUUCUGAUGAUCCUUUUGUAACAUACAGGCGUGUCUCAGUUUCUGUAUAGGACACCACAGAGCUGCAGUUUUGCUUCGUAUUGUCUUGCAAAUAGACGAGGUAGACGAUGUACGAGCAGCACUCACCACACCACUAAACAGCUUUUCUACAGACUCAACAGACGGUUUCCUUAUCAGCACAGAACGUGAUCAAAUUUGUGUGCACCAGAGCCACCAAUGACAUGAAAUAAUAUCUUCUUUUUUUCCAUGUGAUGUAUUUUAAAUAAUUUUUUGGGUGAAACAAACAAUGCAGCUACGUGGGAAUAUGUGAUGGGGGAAAUGGCUUUACUGAUGGAAAGGGAUAUAUGUUUUUUUUUAAUUUUGAAUACUGUAAAAUAACCAUUUGAUUGUCAAAUAUAUUGUAAUUGAUUGUCUUAUUCAGUUUUUUUUAUUUUUAUUUUAUUUUAUUUAAAAUGAUUGUCAAUUUAAAGGUAAAGAUUUAACAAAGAACCUCAAUGUUUUAAUUGAAAGAGUCCUUUGCUGACUGCCUGCCCCUAUUGCUGGCCAUGGUGUCCCCCCUUUCCAAGAGUGUGGUUUGACCAUUCUGGGCCCCUGGGCAGACCAAAAAAGGGAGCCAUUGUGAAUGAAGACCGCUUUUCCCAUUAGGCCCAGGCCGGGUGGUGAGGAUGCCAUGGGGGUUAGGAAGAGAUGUGGGUUCAGCUCUUAUAGGUGGAUAUGGACGUUGGGGACGAGACAGAUACGGUCCACCGAUAAGGACAGAUUAUCGGCUCAUUGUUGAGAAUCUUUCCAGCCGCUGCAGCUGGCAGGACCUGAAGGACUACAUGAGGCAGGCGGGGGAGGUGACUUACGCUGACACUCACAAGGGACGCAGGAAUGAAGGGGUGAUCGAGUUCAGGCUCUACUCUGAUAUGAAGAGGGCUCUGGAGAAGCUGGACGGCACAGAGGUGAAUGGCAGAAAGAUCCGGCUCAUUGAGGACCGGCCUGGUGCCAAACGCCGUCGUUCUUACUCUCGCAGCCGCAGCCGUUCCAGGUCCCGCUCCAGGAGCCGCAGGUCUCGCAAGAGCCGCAGCCGUAGCGAGAGCAGCAGCCGCAGCCGCUCCCACUCCAGAGCGGCUUCACGUUCUCGCAGCCGAUCCCGUAGCAAGAAGAAUAAGGGCGGCAAGAACAAGAAGGAGGAAGAGGAGCGCAGCAACGGAGCUCAGAAGGGCAAGGACCGCAGCAGGAGCCGCAGCCCCAAGAGCCGCAGCCCCAAGAGCCGCAGCCCCAAGAGCCGCAGCCCCAAGAACCGCAGCAGGAGCCGCAGCCCCAAGAGCCGCAGCCCCAAGAGCCGUAGCCCCAAGAGCCGCAGCCCCAAGAGCCGCAGCCCCAAGAGCAAAAAGAGCAAGAAAGAAGGGAAGAAGACCAAGAAGGACGAUUCCAGGUCCAGAUCUCGCUCUCGCUCCAGGUCUCGUUCUAGAUCGGGGAUUAAGGAUCGCUCCAGGAAAUCUGGUUCAAAGGGCCGCGACCCGCCCAAAAGCGACGACGAGGGAGGCGAGCCGGAAAGGGGCUCUCGCUCCCGUUCCCGCUCCCCCGCUGAAUCCAAAUCCAGAGCGAGGUCUAAAUCAAAGUCCAAAUCUAAAUCCCAUUCCCCUUCACCAGUCAAAGCCCGAUCCCGAUCCCGAUCCGCCUCCCGUUCAGAGUCCCGCUCCAAAUCCCGCUCCCAAUCUCGCUCCCGCUCCCGUUCUCGCUCCUAGUUCUGAUUUUGGACUGUUGAUCAUGAGCCCUUAUCCCCCUGUUUCCCCUGUUCCUCCUUUUACAUUCCCCGAAACCCCCGACACGCCCCCCACCCCCUGUUUUUUGAUAAAUAGUUGUAGAAUACCAGGCACUCGUGCUCUAUGUCUUUUAUGCACAUGCUUCUCCAUUUCAUUUGACUUUUACUCAACAUAUUUUUUCAUUAGAGCUGUCUCUGGUGGAGGUGUUUGUAAAAUAACAGGGUGCAAUCUCAGUUUUAUAAGUUUAAAUGAUGGUAUGGUAUGUGUCUUAGCCUUUUUUAAAUCAAAUGUAGAAGCAUACUGUUGUCUAUUUGCUGGGUGGGAAUAUGUUGUAACAUUUCACCUUUGUGAAAACCUUGUACCGUUUUAUUUGAAAUUUAAAAAUGCCUGUUCUGGAUUUCUCA